GUAUUGGUCGAACUGAUCAACAACAAACUGCUCGGAAAUUUCUCAAAUUUUCCUAUUUUUUCUGUUUUCUCCCUCCGUCGUCGUCGCCGGCCGGUGGCUCCCGUCAAUUCCUCCUCCUCAGCCACCGCCGUGAGUCGGAGACGAAGGCGAAAACGACGGUGGAAUCAGUCACCUGAGAAGGAGAAUGAUAUCAUCGAUCGUCUAUUUCCCAAUCUCUGCUCCUCCGCCUAGAUUCAUGUUGUUGUUGUUUCUUACGGCGGUUCUGAUGGUUGUUGUCGUCGUCUCCGACUCUGCUGCCGGAGCCGCUUCCAAUCCAGGAGUGUUCAACGUUAAGUACCGCUACGCCAGGCUUCAAGGCUCGCUCCUCGCAUUGAAGGAGCACGACGAUCGGCGUCAGCUCAGAAUUCUCGCCGGCAUCGAUCUCCCUCUCGGUGGCUCCGGUCGUCCGGAUAUCCUCGGACUUUAUUACGCUAAAAUUGGAAUCGGGACACCUGCAAAGAGCUACUAUGUUCAAGUAGACACGGGGAGCGAUAUAACGUGGGUCAAUUGCAUCCAGUGCAAAGAAUGCCCAAGAAAAAGCUCUCUUGGUAUUGAGCUGACACUUUACAACAUAAAGGAAUCAAACACUGGAAAAUUGGUUCCCUGUGAUGAAGAGUUUUGCUACCAGAUAAAUGGGGGUCCUCUUUCAGGCUGCAAAGCUAACAUGUCGUGUCCUUAUCUCGAGAUAUAUGGAGAUGGGAGCUCCACUGCAGGGUAUUUUGUAAAAGAUGUUGUGCAGUAUGACAGCGUAUCUGGUGACCUCCAAACAAAAACAGCUAAUGGAAGUGUUAUAUUUGGCUGUGGUGCUAGGCAGUCAGGAGACCUAGAUUCAUCUAAUGAAGAAGCACUUGAUGGAAUACUUGGUUUUGGGAAAGCUAAUUCUUCCAUGAUUUCCCAGCUGGCUUCUACAGGGAGAGUGAAAAAGAUAUUCGCUCAUUGCUUAGAUGGGAGAAAUGGAGGAGGUAUUUUUGCAAUAGGACAUGUUGUGCAACCAAAAGUAAACAUGACACCUCUGGUUCCUAAUCAACCGCAUUACAAUGUCAAUAUGACAGCAGUUCAAGUUGGUCAGGAAUUCCUAAAUGUGCCAGCAGAUUUAUUUCAAGUAGGAGACAGAAAAGGAGCCAUAAUUGACAGUGGUACCACACUGGCCUAUCUCCCGGAGAUAAUCUAUGAACCACUUGUGAAGAAGAUAAUCUCGCAGGAGCCUGGUUUGAAAGUUAAUAUAAUGCAUGACAAUUAUAAAUGCUUUCAGUACUCUGGAAGAGUUGAUGAUGUAUUUCCAAAUGUCACAUUCCAUUUCGAGAAUUCAGUUAUUCUGAGAGUUUACCCCCAUGACUAUCUAUUUCCUCAUGAAGGUUCUUGGUGCAUUGGUUGGCAAAAUAGCGGAAUGCAAUCCCGAGAUAGGAGAAACCUGACUCUUUUGGGAGAUUUAGUGCUUUCGAACAAGCUCGUUCUCUAUGAUCUCGAAAAUCAGGUCAUCGGGUGGACUGAGUAUAACUGCUCAUCAAGCAUACAAGUAAAGGAUGAAGGAUCAGGAACGGUGCAUCUAGUAGGUUCACACUAUCUCUCUUCUGCAUCUCCCUUAGAUACAUCGUUCCUUGUAAUGUUGUUACUUGUUCUCAUCAUCACCCUUCUCCUCCUCUAGAAACUCAGUUGACGCCUAUCUUGUACAUAUAUUCAUAUAUAUAUAUACACUCCAUUAAGCUUAAA